AUGUCUUUCUCACAAGUUACUAAUCCUGCCCAUACAGAAAAUGAGACAACUGAUAACACUAUUGAAGAAAAUAAUACAAAGUCCACAACAGAAACUGUGACUACAGCUGAUCAAGCCUUGGAUCAAGAAUCCAAAUCAGUGACUGAGUCGUUAAAAACGGAUCAAGCUUCCGAUUGGCAGGCCAUUUGGGAUGAUAAUGUUCAAGCGUAUUAUUAUUGGAAUACUGUCACAAAUGAAACAACUUGGCAAAUUCCCAACAGUAUAUCAUAUACAGAAGGCUCGUAUUAUCAAUGUCCUGCAAAUGACUCAACGAUUUCGGCUGACCAAACUGCUAGUACAGCAACAGCAACUGAAGAAUAUUAUCAAUAUUAUUAUGCGCAAUAUGGGUAUUAUCCCGAAGGUUAUUAUUAUGGCUAUGAUACAGCCUCCACUGCU